AGCGGGGCGCGUGUCCGUGCCUGUGCACCGCCCCGCUUUGACGUGUAGGUGUAGAUAUCUAACACACCCUCCGUUAGCUGUUAGCUGUUAGCACAGAGAGGAGCGCAGGGAGAACUGUAUCUGCUUCUAGUUUUAGACUUUGUUGUAGUUUAAAUCUCGAACGUUAGAACUACAGAACGGAGCCGUUUACAGCGUGACGUGGAGCAGCGCGGGAGAGGAAACACGUGCACUCAGAGCAGGUUGGAGUGAUGGAGGAGCCUCCGCCUCGAACCGCAGCGACCAGCGUGUGUGACUCCUCCCCUCUGGCGGUCAGCCUGUGUGACUCCGCCCCCCUGCUGUGGAGGGUAGGGGACCUGCGCUCCGUGCGGGCUCAGGGCCUGGUUGGGGCGCUGCUGGGUGCGCUGCCCCGGACGCCCCGCCAGAACGUGCGGCUGGGCCGCCCGCUGCUGCUGCUGCCGGAGGAGGAGCGGCUGCUAACCGAACGCCAUGUCACCCCCCCCACAGCUCCAUCCACUGAUAACCAGGAUGGAGGGGUGGAGCUACAGGUACAGCAGUACCAGGAGGCCCAGCAGCGGAGCUACGAGGAGCAGAGUGUCCUCGCUCUGGAGGACAGGAAGUCAGCGCUGCUCCGAGCCAUGACGUCAUCACCCACAGAGUCCGGAGAUGAGUCCCUGCAGCGCCGUCUGGUGGCGUUGGAAAGCAGCUUCUCCUUUCCUCGCUCGGCAAUGGCGGUGCAGCUCAGCACGGCGAGGGCGGGGCUUUCGUACUGCGCCGACGCCAGGGACUUCCUGCGGGCCGACUGGCCAAUCAGAGCGCAGGAUGAGCCACGCCGUGCCGCCAGGUACCAGGUGUUCAGAGACCUGAGGGGGAGGGGCUUCUACCUGACCUCUGCCGGGAAGUUUGGAGGAGACUUCCUGGUAUAUCCAGGGGAUCCUCUCCGUUUCCACGCCCACUUCAUAGCCGUGUGUGUGUCUCUGGAUGAGUCGCUGAGUCUGCUGGACAUCCUGGCCGUGUCUCGUCUGGGCUCCAACGUCAAGAAGACGGUGCUGCUGUGUUCUCCGGGGACGGACGGCCGCGUGGCGUACACCUCGCUGCAGUGGAGCGGCAUGGUGUAGAACCUGGACCCUUCCACGGGCAGGACCAGGACCCUGCCGGGCCCCGGGACCCCAGACUGAAGACAAACAUGGAUGUUGUGAAGAGGGACGUAUUGCUGGAUCGUAGGGCUGGUACCCGAUUCUCACUCACUCAAAACACCAACUUUCCCAGAUCUCGGCCAACUUAAAUGCUAUUAAUGCAAAACUUUAGAUUCUUGUUUGGCUCGCCAACAACAUGGCGAAGAUUGGCCACUUGGGGGCUGUCACUACCCGAUGUGAGUCGAGUGCAGAUGUGAGUUGUGCAUGCGUCACUUUGCGACAAGUAGCCUCCAAGAACCUGCUAACG